AUGGAACCACAGCGGGAGAUCGGAGGAUCCACCCAGGGAAUCGGUGCUCUACAGUGGGGAGAGGAUGCAGGGCGAGAAGCCGGCACCAGAGGGGAGGGGCUACAGCUGGCCGGGGCUAGCUAUAGAAUGGGGAGCUGCAUUGAUGGCAGCCACAAUAUAUCAAUCCAUGGUCACACCAACAAAACUACAACCUCAUCAGUCAAUGAGUUCUGGCAAAGAAGAGUUCUUGGUUUGUCUGGAGGCAUUGAUGAGAUGGGCAGUGUGCGCUGGGACCUGGCUGGGUGUCUUUUACUGAGCUGGGUUGUCUGUUACUUUUGUAUCUGGAAGGGAAUCAAGUCAUCCAGAAAGGUCGUCUACUUUACAGCCACUUUUCCCUACUUGAUGUUGGUUGCCUUGCUGAUUCGAGGUCUAACCCUGCCUGGGGCUGCAGCAGGGGUUUGGUUUUAUCUUUCUCCUGAUGCAACACGUCUGGCAGAUCCACAGGUGUGGAUGGAUGCUGGAAGCCAGAUCUUGUUCUCCUACGCUGUCUGCGUCGGUGUUUUGCCGGCUUUGGGAAGCUACAACAAAUUCAACAACAACUGCUACAGGUAA